ACAAACUCUGGUUUUUGUAGCAAAGAAGACAACGGGGAAAAGUUAUCCGCGUAACGGAGCAUUAUAAUCAAGGUUUUCUAAAGUAGCUGCCAGGGUCAGUUUGAAACAACAGUCUUUUUUUAACCUGCUAAUGUUUGAUGCGCCUGAUAAUUUACUGAACAUUUUUAAUUGCACGUGCAUAGCUGUAUCUCGAUUAGCUUGGAUAUCCUAUUUAGGAGCAACAGUAACUACUACAGUAAGUUAGGACUUUAUUUUACUUCGAGAAAGUUUUGCGUUAAAUCCACAUGGACUGAACUCCGGGAAGACAACAAGUUUUAAAACUGGGAACGUGACUCCAAGAAGAUGUUUCUACUGUCUGAGAUUAAUGUUCACUGUGAGAACAACUGAAAGGCUAGCCAAUAUUUUUCCAAAAGCGACCGGGUGUAACCGGACUGUAAUCGGACAGUAACCGGACUGACGAAGUUUUAAAUGAAAACGUACUGGAAAUUGUUUUACAUCCAAAUGCAAACAAAUCACUGGAGCCAAGUUUAAGAUUGUAGCUCAUUCGGAACAAUGUCUGGCGUGGUGCGCACACUUAGCCGGUGCUUGCUCCCUGCCGAGGCGAGUCGAGAGCGGAGUAACAGCAAGGAGAGGAGCCGGGAUCGAGAUGUAAACCAGGAGCGUGAAGCAAGGCGCCGAAGUAGAGAAAUCGAUGCCAUGCUCGCCCGGGAGAGACGCUCUAUCCGCCGCUUGGUUAAAAUACUACUGCUUGGAGCCGGAGAAAGUGGCAAGUCGACAUUUCUAAAGCAAAUGAGGAUUAUACACGGGAAAGAGUUUGACCAGAAAGCGUUAGUGGAUUUUCGAGAUACUAUCUUCGAGAACAUUAUCAAGGGUAUGCGGGUGUUGGUGGACGCCCGGGACAAGCUGGGCAUUGCCUGGCAGAACUCCGAGAAUGAGAAGCACGGCAUGUUUGUGAUGGCCUUCGAGAACAAGGCCGGUGUUCCCGUAGAGCCCUGCACCUUCCAGUUGUACGUGCUCGCCCUGCGGGCUCUGUGGCAGGAUGCGGGCAUCCAGGAAGCCUAUGGGCGCAGGAGCGAAUUCCAGCUGGGUGAAUCAGUGAAGUAUUUCUUGGACAACCUGGACCGUAUUGGGCAACUGAAUUACCUGCCAAGCCGGCAGGACAUCCUGCUGGCGAGGAAGGCCACCAAGGGGAUCGUGGAGCAUGACUUUGUCAUCAAAAAGAUCCCCUUCAAGAUGGUGGACGUGGGCGGCCAGCGCUCCCAGCGGCAGAAAUGGUUCCAGUGCUUCGAUGGCAUCACCUCCAUCCUGUUCAUGGUGUCGUCCAGCGAGUACGACCAGGUGCUGAUGGAGGACCGCCGCACCAACCGCCUGGUGGAGUCCAUGAACAUCUUCGAGACCAUCGUCAACAACAAGCUCUUCUCCAACGUCUCCAUCAUCCUCUUCCUCAACAAGAUGGACCUGCUGGUGGAGAAGGUGAGGACGGUCAACAUCCGCAAGCACUUUGCUGACUUCCAGGGCGACCCGCACCGGCUGGAGGAUGUGCAGGCCUAUCUGGUGCAGUGCUUCAACCGCAAGAGGAGGAACCGCAGCAAGCCCCUCUUCCACCACUUCACCACAGCCAUCGACACAGAGAACAUCCGCUUUGUUUUCCACGCUGUCAAGGACACCAUCCUACAGGAGAACCUCAAGGACAUCAUGCUGCAGUGAAGCCUCUGACCCCAGCAGGGGCUCCUCUGUGUGUAGAUAUGCCUUUCGAAAGACUCCUAGGCAGCAGAGAGAAGGUGUGUAGACCUUAACUCAUGCAUUGAUGCCUCCUCGCUGGUCCUGUAUACCCUUGCAAUAUGUGAGCAAGUGAACCCUCUCUGUAACACACCCACUAACAACAGACUGCUGCUGCUGUACAGUCCUUCAGUGUUUAUGACCUUCAACUAAUCUGCGAUCGCUCUAUUCUUGGAACUUCCAUCACAUUCAUGACUAAUAACACAGUAAGCAAGUGAUAGUCAUAUGCUUGGUUAUGUGAUAGUGUUGCACAAGUAUUGCAUCCUGUUAAAGCUUGUUGAAACUUGCCAUCUAUGGUUGGGGAAAUCUUUAUUAGGGGAGAUUGCAGCAACCAUUGAAAUCUUGCUUUUAUAUUCCCUUCAAAAGAUCUAUGGGAUGAGCUGUGCAUGGUUGCUGAAGAUUAAGC